AUGGUGCGCCUCUAUAUCCAGAUUGCCUCCUCGACGGAUCCCGAUUUCGAUCCCAGAAAGACAGCUACAGAAGAAGAAGUUCAGGAAUCUGCGAAGCGAAUCCUCCAGCCGUACAGCAUCGAAUGGGAGAGGACUGAGUGGUAUUCAGUCUACCCCAUCGGCCAAGGCAUCUCAGACCGUUACACCUUGGAUCAUCGAGUUUUCCUAGGGGGCGAUGCUUGCCACACCCACAGCCCCAAGGCUGGCCAGGGCAUGAACACAGCAUUUCUGGACGCCCAGAACCUGGCCUGGAAGAUUCAUGCAGUAGAAGCUGGUUUCGCCCAUCGGGAUAUUCUCAAGACUUACGAGACCGAGCGCAGAGAUGUCGCCGAGACGCUGCUCAACUUUGACAACAAGUAUGCAGCACUGUUCUCGAAACGACCGCCGGCUGCCAGCGAAGUCGAGGCUGCUUCGGACAAGGCUAUUACCGACGGCUCAGACAACGAAUUCAUUCAGACCUUCAAGGAGUCUUGCGAAUUUACCAGUGGCUAUGGUGUAGCAUACAAGCCCAACUCUCUAAACUGGUCCGAAUCACACCCGGCGAAAUCACCUCUGAUUCACCGCGAAGGCACUAAGCUUCGCACGGGACGGCUCUUCAUGAAUGCCGACGUGACAAGAGUUGUCGAUGCCAAUGUUGUUCACCUGGAGCAAGAGGUCCCUUUGAACGGUUCGUUCCGUAUCUUCAUAUUUGCUGGCAAGCCUUCGGUCACGAAGGCUGCCCUGAAGGACUUCGCCAGCCACAUGAACAACAAGCGGUCGUUUUAUGCCGCAUACGUCAGAGACGACGUUGACAGCGUCUCUCAUCACGAGAAGCACAACCCACACAGUCUUUUCUUCACCAUUUGUACCAUAUUUGCCGCCAGCAGAAGCAGCAUCGAGAUUUCGCGCGAUGUCCCGGAUGUAAUCGGACGUUACCGCGAGCACGUCUACGCAGACGACAGAUGGGACCGCCGUCACUUGGACGCCAAGGCAGCGGCCCACGCCAAGAUGGGGUUGGACGAGGAAAGGGGUGGUGUUGUUGUCGUGCGCCCAGACGGAUACGUAGGCAUGGUUGCAAAGUUGGUGGAGGGUCGCGGCACGGUUGACGCACUAAACGAGUACUUCAGCACCUUCUGCACGAAGAAGCUAGGAGAGACUCUUGCCCAGCUUUGA